AUGCCACGAUUCUUGUUGCAAGUUGAGGAGUCUGGGGAAACCGUCGCCCUCGUCUGUCGUCUGUUCGUCGUCUGGGUUUUUCAUGGGCCCCGCCUUCGUUGGCGGGAAACGUGCUCGCUCGAGGGGUUGCUGUUCGUUGGGGUCGUGGCUGGUGAUGUGACGCCAACAAGUCUGAGCGGCAGACGGGCUGUAGUUGAGAAACCGGAGUCUUCGAACACGUUGACAAACAAACGCACAUUAUGGUUACAGCCGGCGACUUCGCCAAGCACCCCUUUGCAAGUCAAAGAGCUCUCGCAGCUUGUCUAG